GUCACUUACCUCUUGCCGUUCGUGACGACUCCGAUAUUCGUGCAUACUCUGGUCGUCUUCGUUAGGAUACACUUUUUUGAGAAGAGGUUUGACUAUAUUGGUAUCUCCCUUUGUCUUGCUUUAUUUACUCCCUCGUGUCUCCUUCCCUCAGCUAUCGGUAGUAGUGGUGAUCGGAGGGUAAUGCGGUGUGUGAGAGUGAAAUAGUCGAGGAAGCCAAGAGGAACACCCAGCUACAGCGAACGGUGAGCGCUGCCAGGCGUUCGAAGGAUAAUGUCAGAGGUGGGGGUGUGGAGAGCGGAAUCGGUAUGUAUCGUGUACCCCUUCUACAACAUUUACCUCCUUCCGUUGUCAUGGAAAUUGACAACCGUCUUAUCUCAUUUGGAAAAAGUGGUCCUGAGAGCAGCAGACGGAAGCGCUCUUCCAACGCAAACGACACAAACCUCGUCAAUCAAUGAUACAGGCACCACUCCCCACUCUCCCGAAGCUCCAACUAGCGGCCGCAUUGUAUGGGACGUACCGGCCUCUCACUCCACCCAAAACGCCCACCAAUCCGAGGAAGAAAAAGCCCACUACUACGACACCUCCCGGUCGACAGCGGGGGCAAUCCGCCGCUCUUCGGUGGACACAAUUCACGAGAUAACGGAUACCGGCGAUAUCACCCGUGUGGACACAGGCCCCGCUUCCUCCUCCUCCCGCCGUGUGCGAGCACUAAGUCGUGAAAAUUCCCUAAGCCGUAACCGGCCCAGUUUCCGCAAGAGCAGGGACGACCCGCCAGCACCGUACCUCAGCUAUAACCCGAGCGUCGGGCGUAAUUCCCGCUUUUACGACCUGACGGAAGAACAGAGAAAUGAGCUCGGUGGUAUUGAGUACCGCAGUUUGAAAACGCUGGCAUGGAUCCUUAUCGCCUACUACGCUUUUAUUCACGUUUUUGGUGUGAUUAUGCUCGUGCCAUAUCUUCUGCGGUCGCUGAAGUAUGGGAAGAUUUUGGAUGACUUCGGGGUCAACAAAUCUUGGUGGGGGGCUUAUACCGCCAUGUCCUGCUUUGCCAAUGUUGGCUUCCUGCUUACACCCGAUUCGAUGGUUUCGUUUCAGAGGGCGUCAUUGGUGCUGAUCGUUUCCGGGUUUUUGAUUAUAGCUGGGAACACGGGGUUCCCACUACUGCUGAGGUUCACCAUUUGGUGCCUUUUCAAGUUGUGCCCGGACAGGUACCCGGAUAAGCGCGACGAAUUGAAUUUCCUGCUGGAUCACCCUCGGCGGUGCUUUACACUGCUUUUUCCCAGUGGACCGACGUGGUGGCUCUUCUGGAUCCUAAUCAUCCUCAACAUCGCCGACACGGUCCUCUUCAUAGUGCUAGACCUCCAAACCCCCGUUGUAGAAUCCAUCCCGGCUGGCUACAGGGUCUUAAACGCUUUGCUCCAAGCAGUCUCGACCCGCACUGCCGGCGUCUCCUCCGUCCCGAUCGGUUCCCUACAUCCCGGCAUUCAAUGCAGCUACCUUAUAAUGAUGUACAUCUCCGUCCUCCCACUCGCAAUCUCCAUCCGUCGCACGAACGUGUACGAGGAGCAUUCAUUAGGGAUCUACAUCCCAUCCGCCGAAGCCAGGGAAGCGCAGGAGGAGAAGAGGGACGAAGGGACCUAUAUCAAGGCGCAUAUACGCAGGCAGUUGGAGUUCGACCUCUGGUAUGUGUUCUUGGGCCUGUUCCUGAUAUGUGUUGCCGAGGGGAGAAGGAUUGCGGAUGCGAGUGAUUACGCGUUCACAGCAUUCAGUGUAUUUUUCGAGGUCGUUAGCGCUUAUGGAGACGUCGGUCUAUCACUCGGCUACCCGGGCCUCAACACCUCCCUCUCCGGAACCUUCACCACAUUCAGUAAACUCGUCAUCGUGGCAAUGGAGAUCCGCGGCCGGCAUAGAGGUCUCCCGUACGAUGUCGAUCGCGCAGUGUUAUUGCCUAACGUAACGACGCCGGAUUCGAUGUUUGCGCCGGAUGGUGCCAGGUUGGAGGGGGUGAAGAGCAGAAAUGGUGAGAAGGAUGAGGAGAUUUAGUGUGGGGGUAUUACGGGUAGGUGGGGUUAUGGGACGGCGGAUGGGUUUGUUGUAUGUUGUGCUGUGUUUUUGGAUGGUAGAAUUAGAUGGGAUGGAAUGGGUUGUGUGCGGAUCGUAUAGCUUAGCGCUGCGUUGUGGAGAGGGGAGGAUAUAUCUGAUGGAUUGUUAGGACGUUUCUGAGGCGGGCUGGCGUUUGUAUUUGAAGGAGGAGCGGAGGAGAAAAGGGAGGGUGGAUGUUCUUCGUUUGUAUGAUAGGUCACAUCAUAAGCACUAUAUGCACAUCUACGGUA